GGCUGGGGCGGGGCGGCAGCGAGCCUAUAAAAGGGCGGCGGGGGGGCGUGGGCGGUUCUUUGCGGCGGACGAUCGCGGCCGGCACGAUGCCCGAGAUGCGCGGCGAGGAGGAGGCGGAGACGUUCGCCUUCCAGGCGGAGAUCGCCCAGCUCAUGUCGCUCAUCAUCAACACGUUCUACUCCAACAAGGAGAUCUUCCUGCGGGAGCUCAUCUCCAACGCCUCCGACGCACUGGACAAGAUCCGCUACGAGAGCCUGACUGACCCCUCAAAGCUCGACAGCGGUAAGGACCUCAAGAUCGACAUAGUCCCCAAUCCCCGGGACCGCACGCUCACCCUGGUGGACACAGGCAUCGGGAUGACGAAAGCUGAUCUCAUCAACAACCUGGGCACCAUCGCCAAAUCCGGUACCAAGGCCUUCAUGGAAGCCCUGCAGGCUGGUGCAGACAUCUCCAUGAUUGGGCAGUUUGGUGUGGGUUUCUACUCUGCGUACCUGGUGGCUGAGAAGGUUGUUGUCAUUACCAAGCACAAUGAUGAUGAGCAGUACGCUUGGGAGUCAUCAGCUGGGGGCUCCUUCACUGUCCGGACUGACCAUGGUGAGCCCAUCGGACGAGGCACCAAAGUGAUCUUAUAUCUGAAGGAGGACCAGGCAGAGUACUUGGAGGAGAAGCGUGUCAAAGAGGUGGUGAAGAAGCACUCCCAGUUCAUCGGCUACCCCAUCACGCUUUAUCUGGAGAAGGAGCGUGAGAAAGAGAUCAGUGAUGACGAGGCGGAGGAAGAAAAAGGUGAGAAGGAAGAAGAGGAGUCCAAGGAUGAGGAGAAACCCAAAAUUGAGGAUGUGGGCUCUGAGGAGGAGGAGGAGGGAGACAAAGGCAGGAAGAAAAAGACCAAGAAAAUUAAGGAGAAAUACAUUGACCAGGAGGAGCUGAACAAGACCAAGCCUAUUUGGACCCGCAACCCUGACGACAUCACCCAGGAGGAGUAUGGCGAGUUCUACAAAAGCCUCACCAAUGACUGGGAGGACCACCUGGCUGUCAAGCACUUCUCCGUGGAAGGGCAGCUGGAGUUCCGGGCCCUGCUCUUCAUCCCGCGCCGUGCCCCUUUUGACCUCUUUGAGAACAAGAAGAAGAAGAACAACAUUAAGCUGUACGUGAGGCGUGUCUUCAUCAUGGACAGCUGCGAUGAGCUCAUCCCCGAGUACCUGAACUUCAUCCGGGGUGUUGUGGACUCGGAGGACCUACCUCUGAACAUCUCCCGCGAGAUGCUCCAGCAGAGCAAGAUCCUCAAGGUGAUCCGCAAAAACAUCGUGAAGAAAUGCUUGGAGCUCUUCUCGGAGCUGGCAGAGGACAAAGAGAACUACAAGAAAUUUUACGAGGCCUUUUCCAAGAAUCUGAAGCUGGGCAUCCACGAGGACUCGACCAACCGAAAGCGCCUUUCGGAGCUGCUGCGCUACCACACGUCCCAGUCAGGCGACGAGGUGACUUCCCUUUCGGAAUACGUGUCCCGCAUGAAGGAGACCCAGAAGAGCAUCUACUACAUCACAGGGGAGAGCAAGGAGCAGGUUGCCAACUCGGCCUUUGUGGAGCGCGUGCGGAAGCGCGGCUUUGAGGUGGUGUACAUGACGGAGCCCAUCGACGAGUACUGCGUGCAGCAGCUCAAGGAGUUCGACGGGAGGACGCUCGUAUCGGUCACCAAGGAGGGGCUGGAGCUGCCUGAGGAUGAGGAGGAGAAAAAGAAGAUGGAGGAGAGCAAGGCCAAGUUUGAGAGCCUCUGCAAACUCAUGAAGGAGAUCCUGGACAAGAAGGUGGAGAAGGUAACCGUCUCCAACCGGUUGGUCUCCUCGCCCUGCUGCAUCGUCACCAGCACCUACGGCUGGACAGCCAACAUGGAGCGCAUCAUGAAGGCUCAGGCGCUGCGGGACAACUCUACCGUGGGCUACAUGAUGGCCAAGAAGCACCUGGAGGUCAACCCCGACCACCCGAUCGUGGAAACCCUCCGUCAGAAGGCUGACGCUGACGAGAACGACAAAGCUGUCAGAGACCUGGUGGUGCUGCUCUUUGAGACCGCUCUGCUGUCCUCUGGCUUCUCCUUGGAAGAUCCUCAGACCCACUCCAACCGCAUCUACAGGAUGAUCAAACUGGGGCUGGGUAUUGAUGAAGACGAGGUGACCACAGAGGAGCCCAGCGCAGCUCCCCCCGAUGAAAUCCCCGCUCUGGAGGGAGAUGAAGACGCAUCCCGCAUGGAGGAGGUGGACUGAAGUAGGGGGAAACCUCUCCUGUCUCCUGCCGGGCCUCCGCCCCACCUCACCUCUGUUGAGAAGGGGGGCUGGUCCCGCCAGCUGCUGCUGACUCCUUGCUGGUGUCUUUGGAUUCGCUUUUAUUUGGUGGGGGGGAAGGGAGAGACGGUUCCCUGCUUGUCGGUAGCGAGUGAUUCAGGCAGCUCUAGGCGUGCCUGUUCCUGUGUCUUUCUGCUUGUGUAGGAGCCACUGACGGGGAAUGAAGCUGUGGGUGGGGUCGGGCUUCUUCCCCCACCCUGUGGGACCCCACGGCACCAGUGGGCAUCGAACACUCCCCUUGCCCAGUCGGGUGGGGAGAGCCCUUCUUCUGAGCUGCUGCCUCCCCAGACUCCCGGAGUAGGAUGUCUUUUGGUUGGCUUGGUUAUUUUUCGUGUAUUUUUUUUCUGAUGUUUUGUUCUACUGGAAUUAAAGUACCCAAUGGACUUGGUUUACACGGAGGGGUCCCUUGUGUUUGGUGUCGGUGGCCGAGCCCUGCGGGGCAUGUCGUGCAGGUAGGUGACACGGGGCCCUGCUGCACAGGGGUCGUCCCCAGCUGGGCAGCAGCUCAGCCCAGGAACAAACGUUUUCAAGCCGUGCCUGUCAGCUGGGCACGCUGCGCCAGGGUGUGAGCGCACGCUGCUGUGGGCUGGUCUAAUCCGAGCAGCUCUGGGGGCUGAGCAGUGGCAGGAGCCAUCCGCAUGUUCCCUGCGGCGCGGGGCUGGGGCGGGAGUGACUGCUCACGACUACUUGGCUGCCUGCGCGCAGCUCUGGUGUCAAAUGGCUUUUGCUCUGGGCUCGGCUCCACCUUUCCUCUCACCUCUGUCCUGCUGCUUCUGGGCUUGGCAUCUUGCUGCUCACUCUCCAGUUUCCCGGAUGACCAAGAGGCCUGGGGCAGCACCUCUGGUUCAUCUGCCCUUUGCACUAUAGUCGUGCCCCGGGUGUGGGACUGUCGCCCUCUGCCACGCCAGCUUCUGGGUUUGGCAGGGGAAGGGGACACCGAGUCACGCUGGCUGCUUCCCAGCAGCCGCAGGCACGAGACGGAGUGGGUUCUAGCCGGCCUCCGUCUUGAACAGUUCCUCCAGUCUGUUUUAAACGAGAAAAGGGUCCCGUUCCCAGCGUGGCACAGAGAAACUUCUGUUUAAAACCAAAAUGUCUGCUCUAUUUUAGGCUGGCAGCACACUGGGAGGGUGACAAACGUUUGGGGGGAAUUUGUAGCAAAUAAGUGGAGGCAAAGGGAAGGGUGACAGAGGGGAGCUUAGGUAAAACUGGAGAGCCGAGUGCUAGGAAGCCUGGGCUGUGCUUAGCACCAGGUCUGUUGCCCUUACAGGCCGCUCCUGUGCCUCGUCUCCUGCCUCUCCCAUUUUUCCGGGUGUUAGGCCAAGGUCCUGUUGCUCACCAGGACCAGACAGCAUCAGCUUGGAGCCAAGGCUUUUCACAAGGCGUGCACUGGGCGGGUGGAUGGGAUGUGGGGGAACUGGCGUUGGUACAAGUGUACCCCGUAAAGCCUGUUCCCUAUGACUCCCGUAAGCAGAGACGAUACUCCCUGACAGUGCUGCCCAGCUGUGUGUGCAGGGAUCUUGCCCUGAGGUGCCUUGUCGCUGCGGGUCCAGCUCUGGCUGACCUCUGUUUGGAAAGGAAACCCAGAAAGCUUUGUCUCAGAGAGACUAGGGAGGGGGUUGGGGAGGCUUGUUCCCCUCCUUCCAGGUACAGAGAAAAGAAAAAAAAUAAAGAACGCUUACCCCCGGGGUACUAUAUGCAGCAUAUCUUUAAUUUAAUAAAAUAGAGAAAAAAGUUGCCUUUCAAAAGUACCAAAACCUGCUGGCUUGUCAGCCAGGUCGCGUGGGGAGGAACAGGGUCAGCCAGUAAAAGCCGGGCUCCUGGGGAAGAGCGGUGGGAGCGGCCCCCCCCGCCCCUUCCCCUGCUGCUGGUGCCCGCGUGCUCCAUCGCCCGCGGAGCGGGGACAAGGCACCGCAGCGCAGCGGGCUCUGCCUGCCCCAUCCCGCAGGCCUCCAGGCACUGGGGGGGGCUCUGGCAAGACCCCCAAGAAAGUUGGGGUCAAAGCUGCCUCCAGCUGGCAGGGGGA